AUGGGCCGGAAGAAGUUGGAGAUAAAGCGAAUCGAGGAUAAAAGCGCUAGGCAAGUGACGUUCUCGAAACGCCGUAAUGGGUUGCUGAAGAAAGCCAAGGAACUCGCUGUGCUCUGCGAUGUAGAAGUCGGAGUGGUUAUCUACUCCAGCAGUGGAAAGUUACACCAUUACUGUAGCACCAACAGGUUAUCUGAGAUCCUGCAACCUUGCCACGGCCGUGUUGAUGCAGAACCAGGUGCAUCAGCAAAAGUUUGUGAGACACAGAAAAAUAACUAUGCAGGUUUCCUAACAUGCCGAGAGCUUCUACAACUAGUAGAAAGGGGCCUUGAGGAGCAAUAUGCUGACCAGUUCAGUGUGACUGACCUUGAAAGUUUGGAGAAGCAACUCGAGGCUACACUAAUACGAACGAGAUCUACAAAGGAGAACUUGCUGCCAGAAGAGAACAGGCUUCUCAGGGAGAAGGUAGGUGGAAACGAGAUGGAUGAGAGCAGGAACAGGAUGCUUAUGGAUCUCAGUGCUCUCCCAUAUACUCCAAUGUUGAGUGAACAACAUGUAUUGCUCGAUUUGCUUUGA